AUCCAACUCAACCCCUCCUUCCUACAUCUCUGCACUUAUGGAACUAUCACACGUGGUUGCACUUCCCAAAUUCUUCAUUUCAAAUCCCAGAAUUUCGUGUACAACCCAAAGCAGUUCAUCAUCUCAGUUUUCAGUUUCACCACUCCAUCCAUCCUCUAACCGAACUACCACCGCAAGCAAUGACAUCAAAGAAGCCGCUAUUAAUACACCAUCCAUGUCCGAUAUAUUGGCAUCCUCUAAAGCCCAGAACCUUGACCUUCAGCUCCAAACUAUAGGACCCUUUUUUAGGAUCACUGCUAAAAGCCUAGAGACCAACGGGGAACUUGGAAGAGCCGAGGGGCUCAUAAGGGUCUGGUUUGCAGGUAAAAUUCUGCACCUUGAUUCAAUUAGGCUCAAAAGGGAGACCCUUGGCAUGGAAAUAUCGAUUUUUGGUAUCGUUUUGUUUAUUGGGGCUGUAGCUAUUCGAUACGGCUAUGACUGCGGUUGCAAGAAUGCUGAGUUGCUUGCCAUUAAUGACUCGGAUCUUUAUCAUUCCAAGCUUGUUAGGUUCUACAAAAGGAUUGGGUUCAAGGCUGUGCAUGAAGUGACUGGUUCAACAAUUGGGGAUAUGCCCCAUAUGCUAAUCUGGGGAGGAAUCGGAACUCGAAUGGAUGACAGUAUAGAUGAGCUUCUAGUCAAAUGGUGCUGCAGUUUCAAGUCCCAAUCUGAUGUUUCGAAUGACUGAAAUUUUGUUAAAUGAAGCCCAAGUGCAUAAGCAUAUCAGAAUUUGCUAGAUUUCGGCAGGGCCUGCAUCCCCCAUUGUUGUGUGUUUUACCUUUACUGUUAGAUCAUUUAGAACGUGGGAUAUGCUCCAGCUGCAAGGGAAGUUUUUGGGUUUUGAAAACCUCCUUUCUGCUAUCAAAUUU